AUGACUUUUUCUGGGAGAGACUUCUCAUAUUCGGGUACUGAAAAAUGUCGAAAAUCGACGACUGAAAGCUCGGUAGACUUGUCGAAACCUUAUUAUAAUCCGACGGGCCUGAACUGGUUCGUGACUGGAUUGUUCGUCGUCGGUGAUCUUGCUGGAGGUGGUCUCGUUGCACUCCCAACUGCUAUCAUUCAAUCAGAGUUCUACAUCGGAUUGUGCAUAUGUCUCGUUAUGAUCGGCGUCGUCACCUACACAGCCUAUGUGUUGGGUCUUAGUUGGAAUAUUCUGUUGAACACCUGGCCGGAAUAUCGCCAUCAUUGCCGGAAACCGUACCCGGAAAUUGGAGGAAGAGCAAUGGGUCCAUUGUGCCAACGAUUGGUGUCAUUAUGCAUUGAUGUUACCCAAUUCGGAAUUGCUGUCGUCUACCUGCUCCUUUCAUCGAAAAAUAUUCAAAACAUGAUCAUGGCUUUCGCUGGUGUCAACAUCUCAUUCUGCGUUCUCGUGCUCAUCGUCGCCGUCUGCCUUCUCCCACUGACAUUCUUGAAAUCGCCUCAAGAUUUUUGGUGGGCUGUUGUUCUUGCAAUGAUCACCACCUCAUGCGCCGUCAUCUUAAUCAUUGUUGGAUCUGCCAUCGACUUUGAAAUGUGCAAAAAUUAUAAAGAAAUGCCUCCAUAUAGCCUUAAGAACAUGUUCCUGGCGAUGGGAACCUUUUUGUUCUCCGUUGGUGGACACUCAGCAUUUCCAACCAUUCAGCAUGACAUGAAAGAUCCGAAACAGUUUACCUACAGUACCUUCUUGGCCUUUUCAAUCAUGGCUGUCAUGUACAUUCCAGUUUGUAUCAUGGGAUUCAUCACCUAUGGAAAUUCACUGCGUGAUUCGAUCAUCCCAUCGAUCCAAACGGUUUGGAUUCAACAAGCAAUCAACAUUUUGAUCACAAUUCAUUGCAUUUUGACACUCACCAUUGUGUUCAACCCGUUGAAUCAAGAAAUUGAGGACAUCUUCCAUAACAUUUCAGAAUUCGGGAUCAAGCGUGUUAUUGUUCGUACAGGAAUCAUGGUUGCUGUCGUAUUCGUCGCUGAAUCUGUGCCAACCUUUGGCCCAUUAUUGGAUCUUGUCGGAGGCUCAACCCUCACUCUUACAUCUGUCAUCCUUCCAUGCCUCUUCUAUCUCUAUCUAGCCGCUUAUAAGGAAAAAGAGAGGCGAACUGGCAAACUAGGAUUGGGACCAGUAACAUUUAGAGAAAUUUUCGUCUAUAACAAAUUUCACACUACAAUCAUCUGUUUUUGCAUUAUGUUAAUCGGACUCAUCGGUGGAGGAUGUGCGACAUUCUCAGCGAUUGUGGAACUCACUUCAACACAAUUCUCGUACCCAUGCUAUGUGUCAGCUUUCAUGCAUAAUAAUGGCAAUUCAUCGACAUCGCAAACAAAUUGCUGUGGUGUCGGACAGAAUAUAACCUAUGAGGGAAACACUUGCAGUGAUCCGGAUUACGGCUUCUACACAUAA